CAGCAAGCACCACGAAGAUGCAGCACUGCCACGACGAGAAUUCGGCACUAGGUGGUCAUGACCACGACCACAACCAUGACCACAAUCAUGACCAUGACGACGAAGUUGAGGACGCUAAUGGAGACUCGCUCUACCCGUUCAUCGACACCAGCAAGCUGCGAGUUCUCAACGCUCUGGACCCACAGACCGCCGCCCACCCAUUCAAACCCUUUCACGAGCGUCAAGACCGGUCGCGCUUCCUGGCUAGCAAUGACGACGACCCGGAGAUGAUCUUGUUCAUCCCGUUUACAGAAGCCGUGAGCAUCAAGUCCAUUUGCAUUUCUGGCAGUGCCGGUGACGGCACCCACCCCAAAGCAGUCAAACUGUUCGCGAACCGAGAAGAUAUCGACUUUUCCAACGCGAACGAGCUGCCAGCGCAACAGAAAUUGGAUCUGAUCGAGGACGACACAGCCAAUAUUGACUACCCGCUACAAGUUCGCAAGUUCCAAGGCGUCAGCAGUUUGACGCUUUUCAUUGAGGACAGCUACGGAGGCGACGAAACGAAGAUCUAUUAUAUUGGUCUCAAGGGUGAAAGCAAAAAGUGGCGUCACGGCGUCGUCGAAUGUGUCUAUGAAGCUCGUCCGCAGCCGGCUGACCACAAGGUCAAGGACACAAUCGGAUCGACGUCGCUUAUUUAGUCGUGCGGGCAAGCCAAGCGUCAGAUUAGCGUCAAGUCAAGAGUCAGGAGAGAGUUUCAAGACCUGCACACCUUGCUGCAACUGCUGGAACUCUAAGAGAGCUUGUUCUGCCAGUGAGGCCUUCUGCUCUUCCUCUUUCCGCUUCUGCUCGAGUCCGUUAAGCAUUUGAUACAAAUCUCGAGCCAAGCCGAUUUGCGCAUGC